ACUUGUAACAAGAUGCAUUCCGUGCGCGCUCCCGUUAGUGUGUACACACACUAGCUGCCGUAGAAAUGGGUGAAAAGUGACUGUUCCCUCUUUUUCAGAGUUAUAUUCAUUGCAGCAUUGACGAGCCCGCUUUAUAUGCAGGUGGGCGGUGGCGACAUUUCAAUUUUUGUAUUUGUGCGUAUUCGUCGUUUGCUGGCAAAAACGGCAGCUAGCUAGUAGCUACCCCGCGUAGGAGGCGCCUGCCUGCCUGCGGCUCGUUUCCGCUAACAUCAGCAGCAGGCCGUUUUGUAAUCGAAGUCAUAAAUGCUGCUCGGCUGAGAACUAAUCCACAGCGGCGGCGUUCUUUGUCCUAAAUUUUGGGAUACUUUUAGGGGCCAAAAAACAUCAAGAUCAAAGCGAGGUGAGAUAGUUCACGGCGGGGGAAGGAACGAGCGACAGCUGGACUGUCAGCAAUGGAAGCCGAGUUUCGGGAAAUCGAUGACAACAGGAUUUGGAGCGCCAUUUACCAGGAGAUUCGUCAGCAGUCGUGUGAACUGCCCUGCAAGUUGGCCAAACUACCAGAAAACAAGAGUCGCAACCGCUAUCGGGAUGUUAGCCCAUUUGACCACAGUAGAAUAUGCCUGCAACAGAGUGCCAAUGACUACAUUAAUGCCAGCCUAAUAACAAUUGAAGAGGCGCAGAGGAACUAUAUCCUUACUCAGGGACCUUUACCCAACACAUGUGGCCACUUCUGGGAGAUGGUGUGGGAGCAGCAGAGUUACGGUGUGGUGAUGCUGAACAGAGUGAUUGAGAAAGGAUCUGUCAAGUGUGCACAGUAUUGGCCACACAGAGAAGAGAGGGAUGCUGUCUUUGAGGAUACCAACUUCAAGCUCACCUUUGUUUCCGAAGACAUCAAAUCCUAUUACACGGUCCGUCAUCUCGAGCUGGAAAAUCUUUCUACACUAGAGACACGUGAAAUUUUACAUUUUCACUACACCACCUGGCCUGACUUUGGUGUCCCAGAGUCUCCAGCUUCCUUCCUUAAUUUCUUGUUCAAAGUGCGGGAGUCGGGUUGUAUGAAUUCCAACCAGGGGCCAGUGGUGGUGCACUGCAGUGCUGGCAUCGGACGCUCUGGAACCUUUUGCCUGGUGGACACCUGCCUUUUACUGAUGUCUAUCCGCAAGGACCCGUCGUCAGUGCGUAUCCGUGAUGUUCUACUGGAGAUGCGACGUCAUCGCAUGGGUUUGAUUCAGACUGCAGAUCAACUUCGCUUCUCCUACCUUGCAGUUAUUGAAGGUGCUAAAUACCUUCAGGGAGAUUUGUCAUUGCAGGAAUCAUGGAGGGAGUUCUCGAAUGGGGAAGAUGAUCCCCCUGAAUUCACCCCUCCGCCUCCCCUCCCCCCUCCAAGAGACCCUCUAAAUGGCAAAGUUGAGCCAAUGUGUUUUCCCAAGAAUGACGAGAUUGUCCAGCCAGUUGAAAUCCACAGUCUGGGGUCCUCUCAAGACUCACAGCUGCGAAGAAGAACCGUGGUUGCCCCCCAGCCGCCUCCUGAUGACAGCACUCAGCCCGAUGAUCACGUGGGAGUCCAAGGUCUGACUUCCAAAUCUGAAACCAAAGCCCAGCUACAGCACGACACGGAGCAGCGUCAAGUGGCGGACGCCAUUCAGCAGUUAGUGGAAACCUCUGCGGAGCCUGACAAUUGGUCUCCCUUCCUCCCCAAUGUGUGCCUGUGCACGGCGCUGGUGCUCAGCGCUUACGUCUGCUAUCGAGUCUUUUACCACUGAUGUCUGCUCUCCUUCCCCUCCUUCUUUCCCUCCACUAACUAUCCGGGCCAAAUGUUGUUUUAGUCUUGAAAGCUCAGGGCCUUUUCAAGGUAUCACGUCCCCGAGUCGUACGUCAACUUAAACAAACAAAGCAUCGCUUUUCCUACAAAGUGUUUUAGAAAUCGCGAGAUAAGAGGCUAUAUUUAUGGGACCAUGCACAUAUUUCUUACAGCAUGGUGCUUGUGAAUAUGCAGAGUGAGUUUGAAAGCUUCUCGAUCAUAAUAAAAUGAAAUGAAAAAAAUUAUGCCAAUACAGAUGAUAACAGACAGGUGUCUUCUCCCACCAUUUAUACAGCUACAAUGCAGUGAAAAGGUAUUGGCACCCUUCUCAACUUCUUAUGUUUUUGCGUAUUUUCCCCACCUUAAUGUUUAAGAUCAUCAAACAAAUGUAAAUAUGAGAUCAAUUUAACCCAAGUGAACUUAAAAUGUUGUUUUUAAAUGGUGAUUUAAUUUAUUAUGGGAAAAAGAUUGCAAUUCUUUAGUAGUUGUCCUGAGUUCCAUUGAGGCCUGUUCGCUGGAAUCCUAAAGCUUUAGAAAUGGCUUUGUAACACUUUCCAGACUGAUAUAUGUCAAUUACUUAAUUUCCCGACUGUUCUGGAAUUUCUUUGGAUCAUGUUAUUUUGCUGCAGCUUUUUUUUAGAUCUUUUGUCUGACUUGAUUUUGUCAGGACAGAUUCAGUGAUUUCUUGACUGAACAGGUCUGGAGGUAAUCAGGCUCAGGUGUGAUCGGUGAAAAUGAACCGAAAAUUGUGAUUAGCCACGAUUCAUUCAUGAUUUAACAAGGGGGGGUAAUUACAGGGCUAGGUAACUUUGAAUAGUUAUUUUUCCUAAAUAAAUGAAAUUACCAUUUAAAAACAGCAUUUUAAGUUCACUUGGGUAAUACUUGUCUGAUAUUUACUUUUGUUUGAUGAUAUUAAACAAAGUGGAGAAACUGCAUAAAUACAAGAAUUUGAGAAGGGGGCCAAUACUUUUUCACGGCACUGUAUUUCUCUCUCUCUCUCUCUCUCUCUAUACAUAUGUACAUAUAUGUAUCUUGGAACAACAAAUAAUGCAAUAUUUGAGCGACAAAAUUCAUACAGCAACUAUUGUAGAAAAUAAUGAUCUUUUCAUGACUGAGUAAUAACUCUCCACUGACCACUCCACUUUGUGAUGCGGAGAGAUGCUUCAAACUAGGGCUGCAGCUCGGAGUUAUUUUAAUAAUAGAUUAAUCUGUAAAAAAAAAAAAAUUCGAUUAAUCGGAUUAAAAAAAAAAAAAAAAACAUUUUUGAAAUUUCCAUCACUUUACUCAAAAAUAGGAAAUUAUUUCAAAUUGAUAGUGUAGAAAAUGUACGAACAAACUGAUUGGUUUUCUGUUACUGGUUUUGUCCGUAACAUCAGAAAACGGACAAAAUGUUGAUCAUUUUCCAAAUUUAAAACCAAAGGUUUGAUUUUGAUUUAACACAAAGAUAAUCAGUCUUUGGAUAUGGAUUUGGACAAUUUUAAGUUAAAAAAAGGUCUCUAAAUAAUUAAUCGAUUAUGAAAAUAGGUCUUGAUUAAUUUGGUAAUCGAUUAGUCGUUGAUUAAUCUUAAUUGUUACACCUGUACUUCAAACCUCACGCUGCACGUGCUGUUGUACUAAAAGUAGCCUGCUGGGCAAUACAUUAGGGUCCUAUAAAUAUAGCCACACUAAUCUACAAAUGAUGAGAAGAAGCUAUAACUAUAAGACGGAAAUUAAAAUGAUGAGGAAAUAAAAAUAGUGUUUGACAAAGGUUAACACUUAUGGGUGAGUAAAGGGUAUCAGCUCUUGAUUUGGUCAAUGGCUUGACAGAGUUGGCUGUUGUCUGAGGUUAACUGGGUUUGGAUGUCAUCUGCAUAGCAAUUAUAUACAGCCAUGGCUGUUUAAAUUACGUAGAGAUUUUCUCUUGCCUCACCUUAUGUAUGAAGGAGUAUUUAUCAGGCGACACUGGAAAAAAAAACUACCGUAUUUUCACGACCAAAAGGCGCACUGAAAAGUCUUAAAUUUUCUCCAAAAUGGACGUGGCGCCUUAUAAUGCGGCGCGCCUUAUGUGUGACUUUGAUGAGCGCUCCGCUUGACUGACUGGGAGCAUUUCCUGCCGACGCGCUGCUUAUAUAGAGGAAAGGCGGACGUGACUGAGGAUGUGGAUGGGAAGGGUGCGCGUGAAGGAGGAUGAUAAAGGCACGCCCCCAGUAGGUAUAUAGUGUCGGGGUGUGCAUUGUGCAAAACAACAUCGGUUUGGCUAAGGACCCCCGAAAAUGGCACCUACAAAGAGACACGCUUAUGAAGCACAGUUAAAACUGCAAGCUGUCAGUUACGCGGAGGAACAUGGGAAUCGAGCAGCCGUGAGAGAAUUCAAGAUCAACAAAUCCAUGGUUCGCAAUUGGAGGAAGCAGGAAAACGAGCUUCGCCAAGUCAAGAAGACGAAGCUGAGUUUCCGCGGAAACAAGGUGAGGUGGCCCGAGUUGGUCUUCCAACUCGGGCAAUGGAUUAAUGAUCAGAGAACAGCCGGGAGAAGCGUCUCUACAGUCACCAUUCGACUGAGGGCAAUAACGCUUGCAGAAGAAAUGAAAAUCUAACAUUUUCAAGGAGGUCCGUCUUGGUGCUUUCGUUUUAUGAAACGGCGUCGUCUAUCCAUCAGGGCAAGGAGCACCGUGGCGCAGCAACUUCCGGCGGAUUACAAGGAAAAGCUGGCCAUCUUUUGCUCCUACUGCAGUAAAAAGAUUGCUGACAAACACAUCCAGCCCAGCCACAUCACCAACAUGGACGAGGUGCCGCUCACUUUCGACAUCCCGGUGAACCACACUGUAGAGAAGAAGGGGACCACCACGGUAGCGAUACGCACAACGGGGGACGAGAAGUCGGCUUUUACUGUUGUGCCUGGUUGCCAUGGUAAUGGACAUAAACUGCCACCUAUGGUGAUUUUUAAGAGGAAGAUGCUGCCUAAAGAAAAGUUUCCAGCCGAAGUCCUCGUUAAGGGCUGGGUGGACGAGAAGAAAAUGAGAGAGUGGCUGAGUGAGGUGUACGUAAAGACACCGGAUGUUUUUUUCCACAAGUCACCGUCCCUGUUGAUCUGUGACUCCAUGCGAGCCCAUCUCACAGCUGCUGUGAAAAACCAAGUGCAACUAAGACUGGGAGGCAACACCGGGCAAGUUACACCACCAUAUUUAAAUGGAUUGUGGAUGCCUGGGCUAAGGUAUCUGCUUUGACUGUUGUCCGAGCUUUCGUGAAAGCCGGCAUCAUUGCUGAACUGCCCCCCGGCAACGAGAAUGACUCUGACAAUGUUUGUGGAUGAGGAUUGAUCAAAUAAUAACGUGAGUACAUCGUUAAAUACUUCAAUAAAGUACAACCGAAUUCAGUUUUGCUCCCGCUGCCUCUUUAAACACAUUGUUUUAGCGUGCAUGCAUGCUACUGUAUGUUUUAAGCUCGCAUAUGUUUUACUAUGCCUGCGCCCAAUAAUACUGUGCGCCUUAUGUAUGUGUUAAAUACAGAAAUAGACCCCGUAAUUGAGACUGCGCCUUUUAAUACGGUGCGCCCUGUGGUCGUGAAAAUACGGUACAUGAAUAAAGUCGUUUUGGAAAAAUAUGACUUUAUUCUCUCUUCCUUUUAGUGUGGCCCUAAUACAGUACUCUUUUGUACUCAUGAUCAAAACAACUGAGUCCACUGCAACGUCUCAGUGGCAACAUCCUCCUUUUGAGGUGACAUUGGAAGAGACCUCUGAGGAUCUUGAAGGCAGAAACGUGCUUUAUAAAUGCAGCCCAUUUACCACAUGGUCAAAACAGCUACAAUAGGUCCCAUCACAAGUCUUGUCCUUAUUUCGUUUUUUUUUUAAUUUUUUUUUUUAACAUCAUUUUUCUUCAUCUGCAUAAACUGCGCGAUCAAAAUCAAGUGACACAUGCUUGAAAAUAAGCCAGACAGGACAUAGUUGCGGCCGUACGAUGGAGUGAGUGAACGUGGGAAGGAACCGCCACUGUGCCCACUAGAUAAGAGCUCAAUUCUGGGGUAACUUAUCUGUCCUCUCCCCAUUAGUGGCCCAUGACUGGCUGUUGCAAUGUGCAGGUACAUCUCAAUAAAUUAGAAUGUAGUAGAAAAGCCAAUGUAUUUCAGUACUCAUACAUUUAUAUAGAUUCAUUAAACACUUUGGAAAGUACUUUUUAGAGGGCAAAUUCCUGCCUAAUUUCUACAUUAAAAAUCAUUUUCAUGGUUUCUUGAUUGUUUGUUACGCAAUAUUCAAGUUUCAAGAGAUAGUGACUUUUGGGUUUUUGUUUGCUGUAAUCUAUUAUCAUCAAAAUUAUACAUAUAUUUUUAAAAAUGAAAUAUUUCACCCUGUGUGUAGUGCAUCUCUGAGUUUCACUUUUUGAAUUGAACAAUCUAACUAAAUUAAGGUUUUGACACUAUUUAUUGAGAUGGACCUGUAUGUGCAAGUGUGUAGUUAUUGAGCCUCCUACUAAUGCUUGAGUGACAUCAUCUUAAGAAAUAUUAAUAUACCAUUUAAAGACCAUGUAAAGUGAAUUCCAAGAUUUGUUUCUAAAUUAUACAUUUGAAGAUAAUGGCUGAAAACGUGCAGACUUGUGCUAAUUGUGAGAGAAAAAAAACCUCAACAAAUAACUAGUCACCUCGAUUCAACCUUUGCGGAUUACCAUGACGUCUUCCAGUCUACACAGGAAAAACAAUUUUCGCUGCAAUUGUUAUUGUAUCAGUAAGUAAAAAAAAGACUCAGGCUAUUAUGCUAUUAGGAUAUUUGCACAGAAACUAUUUACAACUAAAAUAGUAAAAACAAAUUUCAUUACGGUGAAUAAAGAUAAGCAACAAAUUUUUCCUCCAGUUUCUGCUCCUCGUCAAUGUCCUAUUAAUGAUGUUUAAAAAUGUCAUCUUAAACUGAAAUGUUUUAGGUCAGAAUGUGGAGUUCAACACAAUGCGGUGCGGAUUUAUUAUAGUGGAUUGCAUAGUCGAGGCCCAUCCCAAAAUUUUCUUUAUCACUCUUAACAGAAAGCUGUGAUGUAGAACUCUUUGUAAACAAUAUAUAAUUGUUUGGUAGAUUGUUUUUACCAGGUUUAAUAAAUUAAAGGUCAAGAAAGUGGCCCUUGAAUCCUUGGAUUUUUCUGUAUUCGGCCCUCAGAAGAAAAUGUUUGCUCGAUGAAGUAGCAUCGAUUUUUCCGUGUCAUAUCAGUGGUACUGGUGUUUGAUUGAGAGUUGAGCGGGGCAUGUUUUCAGCGCAUUCAGCGGACCCCGCCAGUGCUUGAGUAGAGACAACAGCAUAAUUCUUCCCAUUAAAUCCUCGUUUUAUAUACUUGGCCAAUUUUGUAACCAUAAAAACAUUUCAGGGUUGCUAGCAACAUUUGUCUGUUGUGUGUCAAAUUUGUGACAUUUUCACUUUACAGGGACUUUAAAGGAAAACUAAUGUGAACCAUGGUUCUUUAUUCCUGCUGCAUAUUCUCUCAACAAUGCAAAUAUUUCUAUUGGAGGGCAAAGUAUUAGUUUUAUAGUGUAACGUUUGUCAAGUAAUUGGCUGGCGACCAGUCCAGGAUAUACCUCGCCUCUCGCUCAAAGUGAGCUGGGAUAAACUCCAGCUCACCUGUGACCCUAAUGAGGACAAGAGCUAUAAAAAAUAAAUACAUUUGGGGAAAAAAUGGAUGUAUGAGUGUGGCUGGAGUGAAGUCGCUGUCACAGUGGGUGCAGAGAACAAGUAAACAGAGCCAACUAUUUGCCAGCAAUACAAACACAUCCUAUUCUGUCGCCUUAUCCUUUUGAACAGGGAACCAGGGAUUAAGAACAACACCAGCACAGGGAGAGAAAAAAUACACUGUAGUAGUAGUAAGACUGCAUCGCCCUGAGCUGGAAAAGUUGUCUUGAAUGAUUAUGUUGACUUUUAGCAUGCUGCUUUUGUGAAUCAACUGGUGUGUUCUAAAGUGACAUUAGUAAUGCUGCUAGCAUUCAACAAAAUGAGUCAGACAAAUCUAUACCCUUUUUAGAAUGUAUACUUGUCCUAUUAAUGGAUAAACUCUUACUAUAUAUAUAUAUAUAUAUAUAUAUAUAUAUAUUUCAAAUCAGGUUUUAUUGUGCUGACUUUGUUUUGGUUGUGCUUGAUCAAGGGAUUCAACCUCAGCACCUCAAGUUCUCCAGUUUUCUAUGAUGAGCUUAAAAUGUGUAUUUUUUUAUUUACAUUUGUUUGCCUUUUCAAAUAAAGAAAUAUACUACAGAA